GCACGUGACGCCAGUCACCCAGCGUGAAGGCUGGGUGUCCCGCCUGGAAGGUGGGCCGCGCCGGGCGUGUGUUGGUAGCUGUCGGAGGUUCCCCGGGCGGGUGGUAGAUAGCUCGGACCUCAUGGCGGAGAUUAUCCAGGAGCGCAUAGAAGACCGUAUCCCCGAAUUGGAACAGCUGGAGCGCAUUGGGCUGUUCAGCGCUAAGGAGAUUAAGGCUAUCAUUAAGAAGGCUUCUGAUCUAGAAUACAAAAUACAGAGAAGAGCCCUUUUCAAGGAAGACUUUAUCAAUUAUGUCCAAUAUGAAAUUAAUCUUUUGGAGCUGAUCCAGCGAAGAAGAGCACGCAUCAGAUAUUCAUUUAAGAAGGAUGAGAUUGAACAUUCAAUUGUGCAACGGAUACAUGGGGUCUUUGGGCGUGCUUCAGCAAAGUGGAAAGAUGAUGUACAGCUUUGGCUGUCCUAUGUAGUUUUUUGUAAGAAAUGGGGUACUAAAGCUCAACUUAGCAAGAUAUUCUCUGCCAUGUUGGCCAUUCAUUCGAACAAGCCAGCUUUGUGGAUUAUGGCAGCCAAAUGGGAAAUGGAAGAUCGCUUGUCUUCUGAAAGUGCAAGACAGCUCUUUCUUCGUGCUCUGCGCUUUCAUCCUGAGUGCCAGAAACUCUAUCAGGAAUACUUUAGAAUGGAGCUGAUGCAUGCUGAGAAACUGAGAAAGGAAAAGCAAGAAUUUGAAAAGGCUGCCAUGGACAUGGGGGAUUUUGAUCAGCCUGAAGAAAUCCUUAGGGGUGAGUUGGCGAGGAUCAUCUACAAAACUUCUGUAAGCAAGAUUAAAGGUGCAGAAUUUCAUGUGUCACUUCUUUCUAUCGCGAAGCUAUUUGACUUUGCCAAAAAUCUACAAAAAGAAAUCUAUGAUGACCUUCAGGCUUUGCACACAGAUGACCCUCUCACCUGGGAUUAUGUGGCACGUCAAGAAUUAGAGAUCAUAUCUAACGCAGAAGAGCAGCCUACAACGAAACAAGCCAGGGCAGUGGAGUUGGGCCAAAGAGAAGAGAGGUGCUGUGCUGUUUAUGAAGAGGCAGUGAAGACUCUGCCUACAGAGGCCAUGUGGAAGUGUUACAUCAACUUUUGCUUAGAAAGAGUUUCUAAGAAGACAAGUAGUUCAUUCCUCAGAGGGAAGAGGCUAGAAAGAACCAUGAUUGCAUUCAAAAAGGCUCAUGAACUCAAGCUCCUCGCAGAAUUGCAGUACAAGCAGUGGAUUGAGUUAUUGCUGCACCAAGACUGCAGGCAAGCUCUGGAGGUAGCAGAAUCUGGGACUGAGCUGUUCAAGGACUCUGUGACCAUAUGGCAGUUGUGGCUGCAGGUGCUGAUUGACUCAAAGAGCCCCGAUAUUGCUGUGGCUUUUGAAAAAGCCUUUGUGCACCUGAAACCACAGGUUUGUCUCCCCUUGUGGAUUUUAUGGGCAGAGUGGAGUGAAGGUUCCAAAAGUGAAGACACGGAAGCAAUAUUUAAGAAAGCUCUUGUAGCUGUCACAGGUGCCAGCUCAGUAACACUGAAGGACAGAUACCUGGAUUGGGCAUACCGAAGUGGUGGCUACAAAAAAGCCCGAGCUGUGUUUAAAAGCUUACAGGAAAGCCGUCCAUUUUCAGUCGACUUUUUUAGAAAAAUGAUGCAGUUUGAAAAGGAGCAAGAAUCCUGCAAGAUGGUGAAUUUAAGAGAUUAUUAUGAGAGGGCUUUAAGAGAGUUUGGAUCUACAGAUUCUGAUCUUUGGAUGGAUUACAUCAGAGAAGAAUUGAACCACCCCCUUGGUAGAGCUGAGAACUGUGGACAGAUCUAUUGGCGAGCCAUGAAAAUGUUGCAGGGACAAUCAGCAGAGAUGUUUGUAGCUAAACAUGCCAUGUACCAGGCUGGCCACUAGGGAAGAGAAGAACAUGGCCAACUUUGAGAAGUUGUACUGCAAACCCUUUGGGAAGAUUUCUGAGUCAAUAUGCAACUUUUUCAGAGAUGGCUGACAAUAUGGCUGAUUUAUUUGGAGACAUGUUUUAAUUUUGUGUUAGUGUGUUAAUCUUUCAGAAAAAGAGAACUGCUUACUGAA